CGGAAGAGUCGGACAGCUUGACUCCAGUCAGAUCAUACAACUUUGUCUCGACUGCACGUUGAAGAAUGAAGCAAAGGGGGAGGUUUGAACAUUUACUGAUGAGGAGCUUAUUUCAGUGGAGGAACAAGUGAGCAGGCAGCGCUAGCAUACCUGACAGUCCUCUCAUGCAGACCGACCAGCAGAAAUGGCUUUGAAGGGUAAAACAGCGGUGGUGACCGGAGCUGCCAUGGGGAUCGGACGAGCCAUCACUGAAAUCCUGCUGAAGAACGGCACCAGUGUGGUCCUGCUGGAUGUGAACGAGGGCGCCGGGAAGAGCCUGAAGGAGACUCUGGACCCACAGUUUGGCAAAGACAAGUCCAUGUUCCUGAGCUGCAACGUGGAGUCGGAGGAGCAAGUUAAAGCUGCCUUCCAGAAGACCAUCCAGAAGUUCGGCAGGAUUGACAUCUUGUGUAACAACGCCGGCAUCGUGGAUGAGGAGACGUGGAGGAAGGAGAUCUCCAUCAACGUGGUCAGUGUUGUCGCCGCCAGCUUCCUGGCUCUAGACCACAUGAACAAACUGAAAGGCGGUUCAGGCGGGCACAUCAUCAACAUGGCGUCUGUGGCAGGUCUAGGGGCAUUUCCAAGCUCGCCAGUCUAUGUAGCCACCAAGCACGCGGUGGUGGGCUUCACCCGGUCCAUGGCGCUGGCCUCCUCCAUCUCAGGCUACGGUGUCCGGUUCAACGCCGUCUGUCCCUUCUUCGUUGAGACAGAGAUGCUCAAGAAGUCCUCACAAUUGAUGGGACAAUUCUCCCAUCUGAAAGACUAUAACACGCCCCUGUUGGAGAGAGUCGGGAUGAUGCAACCUUCUGUGGUGGCCGAGGCCGUCCUGGAGCUGGUGAUGGACGAGACCAAGGACGGCCAGGCUGUGAUGGUGAAGCCCAAAGAGAGGAAAUAUGUCACUUUUCCAGCAGUGGAGGAUUUGUAGCUUGCCGUCAAACAUUUGCAAAUAAAUGGAUGCCACAC